UAUCUAUGCAUCAACAAAGUAGGAAGUGUCUUGCAAAAUUACAAAUUCCAGAAUAAUAAACGCAAUAGUUACAAAAUCUAUAAUGACUUGCAACUUUUCCACCUAACGAAUGUUUCGCCAAUAGCGAUAAUGUAAGAACUCGUUUUCUUCGAAAAACCAACGGCAACUUAAUGCACUAACCGAAACAGGCAUUUUCGUCCCAUCGUAGCAGUCGUCAUGAGAAACCUGUUCACGUAUCUGCCAAAAAACGAGUUGUAACUUUGGCUUCGCAAAUUAUUGGCAUCGGCGAAAAGUGAAGGUAAGACGUACAUACAGGGAGCCAAAGGAUCGAGUUACCGUUACGUUUCGUUCCUUCUGAGAUAAAACGCGCAGUGACCUUCGACAGUGAGCGCAGCCAUACUCUUAGUCAAUUUGUCCAGUGAAAGUGCAACGGCAAAAAGCCCAAGCUUUAUGGUCUUUUUAGCUUCGUACCGCCACCAUUAACGAGUCGCGCGGAUACAUGUGGAUGAUUCUUCAUACAGACGACGGGAGCCCAAAGUCACGCUUCGUGGUUGCCACGGGAUUUGCAUCUGCGUUUUAUGGUUUUCCUUAUCUACCAAGUAUUGUAAAACUCAAAGUUAUCGCUCGUCGAGGCUCACACGAAGAUUUUUCACGCCUAUUCCAAAUCCGGAUUCACUCUAUCUUCGCUCAACGCAGCAUGUGGCUUCUGAUUGUGAUUUGUGUGGUUCUAUUCGUGGUCAAGGUCGGCUUCGAUCGGAGAAGACGAAGUCACAAACAUUAUCCACCAGGGCCCCGAGGACUUCCCUUGAUCGGCAACCUUCUGGAAAUUAGACGGGUAAUCCAGAAGAUGGGCUACGACUGGGCCGCCUGGAAAUAUCUUUCAGGACUCUAUGGUCCGGUGCUCCGUGUGCAGCUCGCCCUAAUGGAGCCCCUCGUCAUAAUUACCGGUCGCACGGCCGUCCUGGACUUUCUCGGGCGGCGCGAGUUCGAUGGCCGACCCGACGGUGUGGAGUUGCGCCUUCGCAGUAUGGGCAAACAGCGGGGAAUCGUCUUCAACGACGGCCCAGAGUGGAUCGAGCAAAAGAGAUUUGCACUCAAGGUUCUAAAAGAUUUUGGAUUUGGCACACGAACGAUGGAAGGAUUAGUAUUAGAGGAUACACAUAUGCUAUGCUCUAUAAUAAGUGAUAAAAUGCUCGAUAAGAAUAUUAAUAUUCAAGAAUUUGGUGAAGUUACAGCAAUGGCAGUUAUAAGUAGUUUAUGGAAUUUAAUAGCUGGUAAAAGAUGUGAUUUAACCAAAGAAGAUUCAGAAAUGCUAAAGAUAUUACGUGUUCUUAACGAAGCUUUUCGCGAUGGUGGUGUUUCAAAUAAGCUGUGGCGAUACAUUCCAUUUUUACAUUUAAUAAAGCCAUUUUGCUCCGGAUUCUCUGAAAAAGAAAAAGUAACGACUACGAUGUCGAAUUACUUUUUGGAUGAAGUUGCUAAACACAAGGAAACCAGAAUAUCUGGACAACCACGAGAUUUAAUUGAUACCUACCUUGAUCAGAUUGAGUUUAGCGAUAAGGAAAAAACUUCAUCAUUCGAUGAAUUGCAAUUAAUUGUACUUCUAAAAGACCUAUUUUCGGCUGGAAUAGAAACAACGUCAAAUUUAAUAGGAUUCGCAAUAGUAUAUUUAGCCAAGUAUCCUGAUGUGCAAACUAAAUUGCAAUAUGAAUUAGAUCAAGUUAUUGGGAAUAUUGAAGUACCUCGGCUAGAAAAUAAACAUUUAUUACCUUACUUAAAUGCGACAAUUGCCGAAGUUUCGAGGUUAGCAAAUGUCGCACCGACAACAAUAGCGCAUCGUGCCGUCGCCAAUUGUUCAAUAUUGGGUUACGACGUUGAGAAAAAUUGGUCUGUAAUUGGUAGUCUCCACAGUAUUCACUUGGAUCCGGAUCACUGGGUUGAUGCAGACUCAUUUCGACCUGAACGAUUUAUCGAUCAAAAUGGAAAUUUCGUGGACGAUCCAUGGCUCAUACCUUUUGGAACUGGACGCAGGAAGUGUCCGGGUGAAAACUUGGCAAGGAUUAGUCUCUUUCUCUUUAUCGCCAGUUUGAUGCAAAAAUUUCGAUUCAGCCUGGCGCCUAAGGAGACAGCGCCCUGCUUGUUAGGAGUAAAUGGUUUCACUAUCUCACCGCCGCGCAUCAACAUUGUUAUAAAGUCGAGAUCCAGCGACAAGGCAUAAAUUAUUCUGACCUUAAAGUUAAACUUCAUUGGGGAAAAUGAUUUAUCGUCGAUACAUCGUCCUAUUAAUAAACUUACGUUUCAGCUUAUAUGAUGUGUUUUUACAAGGUUCGAUAUUUUUAUGAUAAUGCGUUCUAUAAUUAAUAUAUAAGCCAAUGACUAACUCAAGUGACUGUUACUAUAUAUUAAUAA